GGACACUUCGCUGAUUUGAUUAAUCAGUAUUCGGCCAACAGUUUGAACAAAGAGGAAGAGGACGACAGUGUCGUGAAGAAGAAGUCGGGAACCGUUAAAGAGGCGAAAGUAGAGAAAUCAAAACUGGUUGAGGCGGAGAAGGCAGAGACCGGACGAGUCAAGUAUUCCGUGUAUUUCCGAUACUUUAAGGCUAUUUCACUGUUUUGGUGUAUAAUUGUGUUCGUAAACUAUGCGCUGAUGCAGACAUCAGUGGCCGGAACCAGUCUAUGGUUAGCCGAAUGGUCCGAUUCGGUCGAACGGGGCGAGAGAGACAGCACAGCUUAUUAUCUCUCCAUUUAUGGAGUGUUGGGCAUAAUUCAGACGGUGUUCGUAACGUAUGGCUGGUAUGCGAUGACUCGGGGCUCAAUCAAAGCGGCCACGUAUUUGCACUUCAAAAUGUUGGAACAGAUAAUGCACUCUCCGAUGUCAUUCUUCGACACCACACCAUUGGGACGGAUACUCAACAGAUUCAGCAAAGAUGUCGACACCUGUGACUCCACUCUUCAGCAAACCAUACGAGUUGUGCUCACCUGUGGUUUCACAACACUUUCCACAUUAGUUAUUAUAUCUAUGCAAAUUCCCAUAUUUUUGGCGAUCAUCGUUCCGGUGGCCAUCAUUUUCUAUUUAAUACAGAAAUUUUAUAUAACAACCUCUCGGCAACUGAAACGACUGGAAUCGAUCACAAAAUCGCCAAUUUAUGCCCAUUUCAGUGAAACCCUGUCUGGUGUGGCCACUAUUCGCGCCUGUAAUGCACAUACAAUUCACAAUGGUGUGAGCGAACAGUUUGUGAAAGAGUCGGACGAUAGGCUGGAUCUGAAUAACGCCUGUUUCUACCCCAACGUCGCGGCCAACCGAUGGCUAUCCAUACGACUAGAAUAUGUCGCGAACUUUAUUAUAUUGUUUUCGGCUCUCUUUGCGGUCCUUCAGAGGGACUCAUUGGGCGCGAGUCAGGUCGGCCUCAUUGUGUCGUACGCUCUGAGCACAACCCAAAACCUAAACUGGUUGGUGAGGGUUAUAUCCGAUUUGGAGACCAAUAUUGUAGGCGUUGAGCGUAUCCUAGAGUACACUGACUUGAAUACUGAGGCUGAAUGGCAUUUGGAGGCGACAGCGCCUCAGCCCGGAUGGCCUAUCGAUGGGAAUAUUGAUUUUCAAACGUAUUCAACCAAAUAUAGAGAAGGACUCGAUUUAGUUCUCAAACAGAUCUCCAUUAAGAUUAGCGCCGGAGAGAAGGCAUAUAACUAUUCCAAUAAUUAUAAAACUUUUGUAGGAAUAGUCGGCCGAACGGGUGCCGGAAAAUCAUCGCUAACUUUAGCCCUCUUCAGACUCAUUGAGUCGACUGAAGGCAAGAUUAUCAUCGAUGGCGUCAGCAUUAGUGACAUUGUUACGGUCCAGACUUACGAUUAUACCUCAGGACCCGAUACUCUUCAGCGGAACCAUUCGCACAAAUUUGGAUCCCUUUUCAAGAUUAUCAUCGAUGGCGUCAGCAUUAGUGACAUUGGUUUACAUCAGUUGCGGUCCAGACUUACGAUUAUACCUCAGGACCCGAUACUCUUCAGCGGAACCAUUCGCACAAAUUUGGAUCCCUUUAAGAGCUAUUCAGACGACCAGAUAUGGCGAGUGUUAGAGUUGUCUCACUUGAAAGCAUUUGUCUCGGGUCUGGACUCAGGGCUCGAGCAUAAGGUGUCCGAAGGCGGAGAGAACCUGUCGGUCGGCCAAAGACAGCUCAUAUGUCUGGCCAGAGCUCUGUUGAGGAACACAAAAGUGUUGAUCUUAGACGAGGCGACGGCUGCCGUCGAUCUCGAGACCGAUUCACUCAUUCAGACCACUAUAAGGCAGGCCUUCGCCGACUGCACUGUACUUACGAUCGCUCAUCGAUUGAACACAAUUCUCGACUCAAACCGAGUCCUCGUAUUGAAUGACGGAAGAAUAGCUGAAUUCGAUUCACCAGAAAAUCUCUUAUCAGACGAGAAGUCAAUCUUCUAUUCCCUCGCAAAAGACGCCGGAAUUAAAAUGUUAGUGGUAUUAGUGUUAGUAGUGUUAGUGGUGUUAGUGUUAGUAAUUGAACCCCCGGGAGGCGAUGAUGUGCCCCCCGGCCCGCCCGCCCCCUUUUUGAUGUGGUGGUGGACUCCACCCCUUCUCAGCUUAUUUAGAGUCGUUAGAGGCGCUCGACUGUCGACCACAAGUGUUGUGGGGUUAGGCUAUCCCUUCUCAGAUUGUUUUGAGUCGUUAGAGGCGCUCGACUACUGGCCAGUGAGUCGUUUGAGGCGCUCGACUGUCGACCACAGGUGUUGUGGGGUUAGGCUAUCCCUUCUCAGGUUGUUUACCGUCGUUAGAGGCGCUCGACUACUGGCCAGAGGUGUUGUGUCCGGCCAUCCCUUCUCUCAGAUUAGGCGCUCGACUACCGGUUCCCACCAUUUGGUUGACAUUUCAUUGAUCCGUCCGUUCGGACGCCAGAACUGCCCAUUGAGUAACUGUUCCCAAAAUGUGCGCUCAUUUCUUGUGUUGUGUGACAUUCGCUCAAAUGGUAGUCGAGAUCAAAGUAUUGAGGUCUCAGUUCCCGUGACUUUCCAUUUGAUAGCAAACCAUAGGCGCAGACCUAUUAGAAGUCCGGGCCAUCCCUUGGGUGUAGGGAUUGUGAUCACUCGCCACUUGACCGCAGCCAUCCAUAUGUGUCUGUCCGGACCUGUUGGAGAUCCGGGUCAGCCCAGGCGUGUAGGGCUUGUGGCCAAUCGGCAGUUGUAUGCCCGGACCUGUUUGAGGCUCGGGACAGCUCUUUGUGUAGUUCUUGUGGCCAAUUGUCAGUUGUAG